GGAAUAAAGCUUCUUCCCCGCCGCACGUGUCCGCCUGGGCCCUAGGGGACGGCUGGGACCCGGAGUCGCUCCCCAGCGCCGAGGUGCCCCGCCCGGCCGCGAGGGGAACCCUGAGGCGGACUCCCAAAAACUAGCCCUGUUUCUCCGGGGAGGCAUUUGGGCGUCGGGUCGGCCCCGCACAAAGAUGGCGGACGGCCCUGAGCACGAGCGGAAGGGGAGUGAUUCCACUUCCGGGAGCAGAGCUUCCGCGGGGCGGAAGGGGGUCGUUCUCGUGUGUCUUCGUCCUUUCCAGUUCUUAUUAGCUGCGGCUGCUCAUGAGCAAGCUGUGGAGACGCGGAGGCGCCUCCGGGGCCGCGGAGGGGUCGGAACCCGGAGAAGAGCUGGAACUGAGUGGCCACGGCCACGGUGGCCAUAAGAAGAAGCAUAAGAAGCACAAGAAGAAGCACAAGAAAAAGCAGCACCAGGAGGAAGGGCCCGGCCCGCCCCUGCCCAGCUCUGCCUCUGGCCCUGCCCAAGCUCCUGCCCAGCUGAAGCUCAGGAUCAAGCUGGGUGGCCAGGUCCUGGGCACCAAGAGUGUUCCCACCUUCACUGUGAUCCCCGAGGAGCCCCGGUCCCCUUCUCCCCUCAUGGUUGUGGACAAUGAAGAGGAGCCGAUGGAAGGGGUCCCCAUCGAGCAGUACCGCGCCUGGCUGGAUGAAGACAGUAACCUGUCCCCCUCCCCUCUUGGAGAAUUGGCCGGAGGCCUCGGAGGCCGAGAAGAUGAGGAAGAACAGCGCUGGCUGGAUGCACUGGAGAAGGGGGAGCUGGAUGACAAUGGGGACCUGAAGAAGGAGAUCAAUGAGAGAUUGCUCACAGCCCGCCAGAGGGCCCUGCUGCAGAAAGCCCGGAGCCAGCCGUCGCCCAUGCUGGCCCUGCCGGCUGCUGCCGGUGCUCCGAAGCUCACGGAGGAGAUGCUGAUGAAGCGGGAGGAGCGGGCCCGGAAGCGGCGCUUGCAGGCGGCCCGCCGGGCGGAGGAGCACAAAAACCAGACCAUCGAGAGGCUGACCAAGACGGCGGCCCCCAGCAGCCGCGGCGGCCGCGGGGCCGCGCGUGGCGAGCGCCGAGGGGGCCGGCCCCCCGCCGCCACGCCCAUGGUCCGCUACAGCAGCGGAGCGCGCGGCGCCACCCUCUCCUUCCCCGUGGGCGUGCCCACGCCGGCCCCCGUUUCGCCGCCGCCGCCCCCCCCGGGGCCUCGGCCCCGCUGCUCGGUGCCAGGCUGUCCCCACCCGCGGCGCUACGCCUGCUCGCGCACGGGCCAGCCCCUCUGCAGCCUGCAGUGUUACCGGCUCAACCUGCAGCUGCAGUUGGGGCUGCCCGAGGGCGCCGGCGCCGCCCCGCCCAGCCCCAUCGUGGCCACCUGAGCACCCCCCCCCCCCCCC